CCUGUAUUUUUUUGAAAGAGAAAAACAAAAGAGUCACAAAUCUGAAAACUCCAUCAUAAGUUCAUAACUCAUAAUCUCAUUAAAGAACAUUGGCAUCGGUUUCAUUACAUUGGGAUUGAUAUGGAAAAGUCAAACGGACCAGUUAAUGCAAGCUGGUCCGAAUUGAAGGACGGCGACAAAGAACUCGUAGAUGCAGAAUGUUUGGUUGAUCUUCUUGAGAGCUAUAGAUUUGGUAAGGAUAAUGUUCCAGCCCGAGAAUUUCGAUUCAAGGCGGCAGCGACGGCGCCGGCGCCGGUCAACACCACCGAGAUAGAGGUGGAAGUCGAAGAGGACAAUGAUGGAUCUCAAGCUCAACAAGUUGUUCUCGUAGGAAACACGUCUGUUCGUGAAAGUACAUCAUCGCUAUUUUCCAGUUCAGAUCCAAUAAUACUCGAGACUACUGUGAGCGAAACCGGUUCGAACAAUGAAACCGGUUCAAACCAAGGAACCGGUUCAAACGAAGAAAAUGGUAAUAAUUGGUUAGAGUCGAGCUCUACAAACUUACCAAAAGUAGAAAACGAAAGGCAACAGAACGGAGAAGAUUGUGAGAUGGAAGAAGAAGAAAAGAACGAGAGAUCAUCAUCAGUUUCAGAAGAGAAGUUGCUUGCAACACAAGAAAACUACGAGCUUGGAGAAGAGGAUGAAGAAAAGAAGGAGAGAUCAUCAUCGGAUUCAGAAGAGAAGUCAAAUCUAGAGAAGUUGCUUGCGACACAAGAAAAGUACGAGCUCUAUUGUCCAAGCUGUAGCUCAUGUAUCACCAGAAAAGUGAUUCUCAAGAAAAGAAAACGAGGGAAGCACGUUGAUUCGUCUCCGGAUCUGAAACCCGAUGUACCCGUCGUUGAACCAAGCCACAUUGAGGAGAUGGAGCCACCGGUUAAGGUUCAUGUCCCUGAGACUCGUAUUGAGGAUGAUAAUCAAGAAGAUAAAGAGGAGGGAAUUAUCUUCAAUUGCUUGGCUUGUCUAAAGUACUUCAUCCGGUUAGUUUCAGGAACAAGGUUCUUACAACUUGAUUAUAUCACGGGAAAACCAGUUGAGGAACCAGUUGAAGAAUGUAUAGAGGUGAUCAUGAGGAAUAGUAUAAACACCACACAAUCACCGACACAAAUUCAACCGGACCGAGAAAGAUUCGCCGUUGAGUUGUUAAAGAGCACUGUCUACGGCGGUCUCACUGAGACCAUCACCAGCCUCGGCGUUGUAUCCUCGGCCUCUGCCUCCGGUUCCUCCACCAUGAAUAUCUUGGCUCUUGCAGUCGCAAAUUUGGCCGGUGGGCUCAUCGUCCUAGCUCAAAACCUUCAAGAUCUAAGAAACAGUUCAGAUCAAGAGAAAGAUCGGUACGAGGAAUUGUUAGGGAGACGUGCUAAUUUCCGGAUACAUAUCUUAGUAGCGGUGAUGUCUUACAUUUUCUUCGGCAUAAUGCCUCCAUUGGUUUACGCAUUUUCUUUCUACGAGACCGGAAUCAAGAACUACAAGCUCAUCUCGGUUUUCUUGGUUUCUCUACUGUGCGUGAUUUUGCUCGGUAUGAUCAAGGUCUAUGUCCGAAAACCGCCAAACUCACGUGAAUUGACUAAAGCUUAUCUCAAAUCUGCGGCUUAUUAUACGUCUACUGUUGUUGCUUCUUGCGGAAUUUCAUACUUUGUCGGAGAUAUUAUGGGAGAGUAUACCGGUAAGCUCAGUUUGGUUGGUUUAGACCAGAUCAGUAUAACUUCACCAUGUUAUGGAACUAAACCCGAGGAGUGCCGGUUUACUUCCUUUUAAUGUAGUGAAAGGUGGAACUAAGAACCGGUCAGACCAGCGUCGUAUAUUUCUGUUCUAAUUACUUACUAAAUCUCUUUUCCGUUAUCUUGGAAUACGCUUAGUGGACUUUGUAAAGAGUUAAAGGUUAAAAUUAAAACCAAUGCUUUCUUGGAAUAAAGAUGUUUGAGGUUUUUCUUUGA